AUGUCUACCACUACGCCCUCAGCAGCAGCGCUGCCUCAAGCACCAUGGAAAGCGCUUUUCAGCGAACACAUCUCCAAGAUGAAGUCGCCCGAGUUUGUGCUUGGGACGCUCGAUAAAGCGCCGGAAGGCUCGCCUACACCGUAUGUGCCGCGCGUGCGAUACUGCAUUCACCGCGGCUUCUGGACUGAGCUGCCAGAGAAUAAGCACAACGACGCGGAGCGAAACCCACCCGUGUACCAGAGCGACUGCCCGACAUUCACGACGGAUGUGCGCAUGGAGAAGGUGGGACAGAUAUUUGCGUCGAGCGCGGGACACGCGGAGAGCAGCGAGCAGGUACAAGGAAGUGGAGGCGGAGGGCCCGUAGAGGCAGUGUACUGGAACGCUGAUACAGGCUCGCAAUGGCGGAUCAAAGGACGCGCAUACGUCAUUGCCGAUGAUAUUGAGGCGAGCGAGGAGAGCAGUGGCGUGAGGACUGUCAAGAGCGAAUUGGGCAAGAGGAUGAGGGUUGUGGAUGAAGGCAAGCAAGGCGAGUUCAGCUGGCAGAGGGAACUCAGGGGGUUCUUUGGGAACCAGAGUCCCGGGAUAAAGGGCUCUUUUAAGAAUCCGCCGCCGGGUCAGCCUACGUCGAAACCGUAUGAUCAGAAGCUUGGGCUGGGGUCAAGUGUUGAUGGGUUGGAUGAUGAGGUGGCACGUAAGAACUUUCGCGUGGUGGUUAUUGUGCCGGAUUCGGUGGAGCAGACGGAUCUUAGCGAACCGGACAAGGCGCGGAGGUACAGGUACACGUUUGAGGAGAAUGGUGGGUGGAGGACUGAGGAGCUGUGGCCGUAG